AUGGCUGACCGUCAAAUCGCCGUUCAAACCCUGACCCAAUCUGGCGCUGUGUUCUCCAAAGAAGACAUCACAGGCGAUGGCGAUAUAGAGGACAAAAUCGAAGAGUCGGGCUCUGAGGUGUCUGCUGCAGGGAGUCUGGAGUCGCCGUCACCAUUCGCAGCUUGGAAACGAUUCUUUACUGGGAAUGCCGAUGGGACGCACACUACACAGAGGGGAAUGGGGCCUCGUCACUUGAUGAUGAUAGCGAUUGGCGGGACGAUUGGGACGGGCAUCUUUCUGAGUGCUGGCUCUGCUGUGGCUACUGCUGGGCCUGGUAGUGCCCUGAUUUCAUAUUUCAUUGUUGGCAUUUUCUGUUAUGGAGUCGUCAUUUCACUAGGCGAGAUGGCCUCAUAUAUUCCCGUAUCUGGCAGCUUCGCAGUUUUUGGUUCACGCUUUGUCUCUCCUGCUCUUGGAUUCACACUAGGCUGGAAUUAUUGGCUGCAGUGGAGUCUUUCAAUUCCGAGCGAGCUAACGGCAGCAGCAGUGAUUCUUCAGUAUUGGGACGCGCGAAUUCAAGCUUGGCAAUGGGCCCUUGUUAUUAUCGCACCAGUCUUCAUCAUGCAACUCAUUCAUGUUCGAGUUUAUGGCGAAUCCGAGUACUGGUUCGCCAUGAUCAAAGUUCUCUUGAUCGUUCUCUUCAUAAUUGUCGGCUUGAUCUACGACUGGGGAGGCGUCCGACACCAUCCUGGUCCAGGUCUGUCAAACUUCCACAAUGGGCAGGCGUUCAUAGGCGGCUUUUCCGAUUUCGCGCAGACUUUUGCAUACGCAUUCUACUCGUAUGGCGGCGUUGAACUCGUUUCCCUCGCGGCGGGUGAAUCGACAAAGCCCCACAAGAGCGUCCCCCGUGCCGUCCGCGCUACGUUCUUCCGGAUUCUCCUCUUCUAUAUCCUCACCAUGUUAACCAUUGGCGUUUGCAUUAACUGGAAUGACCCUAGCCUUCUGAGUGCCGCAUAUGACUCUGACGUUGCCGCGUCCCCUGUCACGGUCGUCUUCCAGCGCGCUGGGUUUGGCGCGGCGGUGAAUCUUGUGAAUGCUGUUCUGCUUACAGCCGUGCUCUCCGCUACCAACUCGUGCUUCUAUGCGAGCUCGCGCAUGCUUCUAUCUCUCGCUCGCAGUGGCCAAGCUCCGCCGAUAUUUGGAUGGGUCAAUCGGAGAGGCGUGCCUGUACCCGCCCUCAUAACGGCCCUCGCCGUCUCCUUUUUAACGUUCCUCACUACAAUCUGGGGCGAAGGAGUUGUCUUCACAUGGUUGUUGAAUUUGACAGGAAUCUCUGCGCUUUUGACUUGGGGAUCCGUCGGAAUUAUAUCUUUACGGUUCCGUUGGGCAUGGAAGGCGCAAGGUCGCGCCCUUGAAGAUCUGGCGUACUGCCAGCCUUUAUUCCCUCUCUUACCGAUCGUGACAAUCACGCUUGCUGUCUUGAUGUUUGCCGCGCAAGGAUAUUCGGCUGUUGUUGACCAGCCAUUUGACUGGCGGAAUGUUGUCGCGACCUACAUUGGUGUCGCGGUGUACGUUUUGCUCUAUAUAGGCCAUUCGGUCUAUGAGAUCGUGCUUCUGAAGAAUAGCGUACAUCUCAUUCCAUUGCAAGAGGUAGAUCUGGAUACAGAUGCUGUUUGGAAACCAGGAGAAGGGAGAUUGGUCCGAGAGCAGGACAAGCGAGACGCGGAGAUGCAGAAAGACGCGAGCGGCAUAUGGAUGUGGAUGCAACAGACAGUUAUACGGUGCGAAUUGUAUGGCAUGUUGGUGGCUGAAUAUGACAGCGACGCUAAAAUGAUACGGUCGGUGUUCGCAUGA